AUCUUAUAGCGCGUCAAAAUUCGAAACAUAGGUUUCGCCCCGCGCUCCAAUCGAACCGUCGACGCCCGGCGCGCAAGAGACGCGCACGAUCCGCUUCGAACCGGCGCGCGGCGGGUGCUGCGUCCCCGCCGCCCGCCAGUCCAAAAGUCUAGUUAGUCCGCGACCCGCUCCGUCAGCAACAACACGCGCGCGCGCUGCCGCGCGCCGACCCUAUAAGUCGUGUUUAGCUAGUGUUUUCCAUGUUUAAGUUUUGUCUUGUCCUCCCAUUGUUGUUUACACUUAUAUAUUUUACUCAUUAUACGUCCUUUUUACACAUUUCCAACGUUUUAUUCAUUAGUUCGCGUACCCCGAGCUAUAUCUGGCAGCCCAACGUGACGCAGUGAAUCAGUGUUAAUUUGUGUUAACUUUUGCAUUACAUAACAGUUUUGGAACAUUAAAUGUGUAUAUUGUGUAAUUCGGUAAAAUCAGUGUUUAAAAACAAGAACUUUAGUUGUCGUAAAUAAUAUCGCGUAGGUACGCUACGCGCUCGCUAGGCUUGGUUCGUCCGGUAUAUUCGCUACCACCGCCGUGCGCCGGGGAGGCUGAAGAGGCGGGGGGAGGCUAGGCGGAGCCAAGCGUGCUUCGCGUUCGAAACAUUACCAUAUAUGGUUACGGAUUUGGGCGUUCGAUCGACGCGACGCGACGCAUCAAUAUUAUUUACGAGAGAACACUAGAGAGUGCUAAGUUGCGUGACGAACUGUUAACACGGGUUAGUGUGUUCCGCGGACUCAACUCAAUCUUUUUCGGUACUUGUUUCGUACUGCGAUGUGUAGUGCGGUGCCGACGCGAACUUUAGAACAUUCUAGGAACCUAGGUAGUGCGGUGACCUAGGAUAUCUAAGUGACGCUCGUGUAUUUUUUCCGGUACUUGUUUCGUGCUGCGGUGUGUAGUGCGGUGCCGACGUGAACUUUAGUACAUUCUAGGACCUAGGUAGUGCGGUGACCUAGGAUAUCUAAGUAACGUUCGUGUAUUUUUUUUCCGGUACUUGCUUCGUACUGCGGUGUGUAGUGCGGUGCCGACGCGAACUUUAAUACGUUUUAAAGCCUAGAUAGUGCCGGUGACCUAGGGUACCUAACUGUUUGUACUUGUUGAACUUUGUUGGUACUUGUUUCGUACUGCUGUAUGUUAGUGCGGUAUCAACGUGAACUUUUACGCAUUGGAAAAACCUAGGUUGUGUCGGUGACCUAUCGUACCUAAGAGACUUUUGUGUACGUCGUUUGGUACUUGUUUCGCGUCGUCUUUAUCGGUGCGGUACCAACGUGGACUAUUGUUUAUUCGACGUGUGUACGCGUUAGCUCCGAAUAAUGGUUCUAACGAGAUCGCGUGCAGCGAGCCCGGCUUCGGCCGCCGCCCAGUCUGAGGACUUGGCGCCGCCGCUCGCGCCUGCGCCGGACUCUCAUCCGCGCGGCGCUGCUCCUGCACAAAUGGAGAACGCGCAAGCUGUCGCUGGUUCUGCUCCGGUGGCCAUGACCACUGACCAGCUGCUGCUGCUCAUCGAGAGGUUAAGUAAUCGUCGCGAUCCUGUAAGUACACCUGUUUAUUCUGGCCACUUCGCGAAGUGUACUGCGCGCUUUGAUGGGGACAAAGCGAGCGACGUCCUUGCAUUUAUUGACGCCGUCGAGACCUACAAGGAGUGCGUGCGUGUCGACGACGCUAACGCCCUGCGUGGGUUACCCAUGUUAUUGACGGGACUUGCCGCCACGUGGUGGCAGGGUGUUAAAGAGACUACUUACACUUGGCAUGAUGCCGUCGAAGCAUUAAAGGCUACAUUCGGUCCAAGAUUACCGCCUCAUAAAAUUUAUAGGAAAAUCUUUGAGCGUGAGCAACGUAACGACGAGUCCACCGACAUAUUUGUGUGCCACAUUAGGGCGCUGAUAGCCCAGUUACCACCGUCUUCUCUGUCAGAGGUGGUACAGCUGGAUAUGGUUUACGGGCUCCUGCAACAUCGUAUUAGAGAGUCCGCGACCCGCUCCGUCAGCAACAACACGCGCGCGCGCUGCCGCGCGCCGACCCUAUAAGUCGUGUUUAGCUAGUGUUUUCCAUGUUUAAGUUUUGUCUUGUCCUCCCAUUGUUGUUUACACUUAUAUAUUUUACUCAUUAUACGUCCUUUUUACACA